AUGAGCGACUCUGCGCAGAGCCCCGAGCCGCCCACUACCACCGCCGCCACCACGUCAACGGCCGUCUCGGACCAGUUCACGUCCUUCUACCUGCAGCGCGCCACCAGGGAGUUCGCCGAGGACCUCGACCGCGUGCGCGCCGCCGACGACUUCCGGAACGACGCGCUGCCCAUGCUCGUCAAGGCGCUGCAGCAGGGCACCGCCAUGUUCACCCCGGAGCAGCAGCGCGCCAUUGUCUCGCCGCCGCCGUCGGCCAAGCCGGCGGCGGCGGCGGAGGAGCCCGGUGAGCAGGAUGGCGAAUGA